AUGUCCCGCCGGAAGCAGGCUAAACCGAGAGCUCUCAAGCACGAAGGUGACGAGGAGACUGGAUCAACGGAAGGUAUGGCUACUAAAAUCCAGCCAACUAAUGGAACAGUUAAAAGUACGGUCGCGGGUGUGAUAAGUGAUAGUAUGCUAGAGGACAUUACCGAUGAGGACGAUGAUGAUGGUGAGGUUGAAGAUGACGAAAGUGACGAGCAGGAUUUGGAAGGCUCAAGUGCUGAUGAUGAUCCCGAACCUGAGGUGAAAGUAAAUGUUAUGGGUGAAGCCAACACCCGUACCAAGCACGUGGAAAGUGUGUGUGAAUCGAAAUCCGUGAAUGUGUCGUGUGAAGGAUUGACUAGUGUUAGUGCUGGUGUCACUCUUGUUCCUGCGGAAGUGAAGUUGAAUAAGCAGAUGAACGAGAAUCAAGCAAAAAGCAAUCACAUUGUGCACCAUUAUCCAGGUUCGGGCGAAAAUGCAGUAGAAAGGCGUGAUGCUGUUGAAACGAAUCAAGACAAAAAAUCCUUUGAUAGGCCAUCCAUACAGUCAGGCGACUCAGGGGUGGAAAGGCAAGAGGAAACGGAAGUGAUUGAACCUAACAAUGAUGCUUAUAAUGAGGAAAUAAUUGAUGAAGCAGAUGAUAAUAAUGAUGCUGAAGAGGAUGAUGAAGAUGAUGAUGAUGAUGAUGAUGAUGAUGGUGAGAUAGACGACGAUGAACUGCCCGAAGAUGACGACGACGAAGAAGGAGAGCGUAUGGGGCUUGACGGCAACGGUCAGGAUGUCGAUGAUGAUGAGGAUGAGUUCACCUCGGACAGCUUUUGCUCAGAACUCUACUCAUCGCACACAUCAUCCAGCUUUUCGCCCUCAAUUUCGGACGGGAUGACAACGCCUAAUUCCAUCACAAACGACACUAAUGAUGGUUCCAUGCUUGCGCUGGGAUCCAAUGAUGAAAAACCCUUCCGGCAGGGAAGUAAUCAUCACAUCCAUCCUCGCCAUCAUCACCUACAUCAUCGCCGAACGGGAGCUGGUGGUGGAGGACAUUCAUCGUCCACGAAAGAGGGUGGCAAAUCGUCGCUAAAACAUCAUCACCAUCAGCUGAACAAUAAUAGCAGCAGUCAUAAUCACAACAACAAUAAUAACAACAACAACAACCAUCAAGGGAGCAACAGCAAGGGCCUGAACAGUACCUACCACUGUCAGUUCUGUGAGAAGACGUUCCCGCGGCUCGGCUAUCUCAAGAAGCACGAACAGAGUCACACGGAACACAUGCCAUUCAAAUGCGAGUACUGUGCACGGCUGUUCAAGCAUAAACGAUCACGCGAUCGUCACACGAAGCUACAUACGGGCGAUCGGCGCUACCGUUGUCUGCAUUGUGAAGCCGCAUUCUCCCGAAGUGAUCAUCUUAAAAUUCACAUGAAAACACACGACAACCAGAAACCGUUCCAGUGUACGAUCUGUAAUCGAGGGUAUAAUACGGCGGCUGCCCUUACCAGCCAUAUGCAGAACCACAAGAAGCAGCUAGCACUGACCGGUAGUCCGAACCUUACGUACAGUCCACGCUCUACGACAAGCUCUCUGUCGAGUGGUGGUGGUGGUGGAAAGAGAGGAUCCAAAUUCUCACCUUACUCCAACGAUCCUUUGCUGCUGAUGGGUCGCGGUAAUUCCAAGCUGUCAUCCACACUGGGGAAAGCUUCUUCUGGGAAUGCUGGUAGUACUCGCACACCAACUCCAGGCAGUACUACGGGUGGAACCGUUGCACCUUCGGCGGGAAGUCAUGCAGAUCUAUUAUCCUGUCCAUACUGCACACGAACCGAUUUCUCCACACUCGAACAGCUUGGAAUUCACGUACAGUCCAUGCAUGGUCAUGGAGCGCUAGGACUACUGGCGGCAGACACACCGAUGCCCUACUUCACACCCGGUGCUAGCCGACGUGCAGUGACACCGGACGCUAAUUCACUUUCUCUCGGUGGUCCUUAUCCUCCCAUCGCAUGCGAGUUUUGUACAAUGAAAUUCCCAACAGUACCGCUGAUGUUUGCUCACCUAAAAACCGCCCAUCUGGACCGUUUGGCAGGGACGCCAGGUCCUCAGCGAAGCUCACCGAAUGGAUCACGUCCAACGAGUGGAUUUUAUCCGCUAGAACAAUUACACUUCAACAAGAGCCUGCUCGGGAACGCUAUUCCCGCAUUCUACGGUGCGAUGGGAGCUUCGUCCAACGUUUCCGGAAUGUCCGGUGGUAAUAUUAAGCAGGAAAUUCGAGCAGCAACGGGUAGCAUGAAUGGUGGGCGAGACGAGAAUGGGAAUGAAUCGGAAAACGUGGGAAGGAAGCGUAAACGAAGAGUCGUAAACGAAGAGCCCGAAAAGGAAACAAAUGAUCGUAAAAAUGAUGUCGAAAAUGAUGAGGAAGACGAAGAUGAAAGUGAGGAUCAUCGGCCGGAUGUAAAUGACCAAUCAGAUCCACCUGAUAACUUCAAAGAUACAAUCGAUACUGAAGGCACACAGAUUAAGCAAGAAAGGAAGGAAGAAUCUGAAAAUCCCCUUCCCGAAACUGCAUCCCAAUCCACCUCAACACGGUCCUCUCCUUGCGAUUCUUUGGGCUCGAUUGGACAUCCUGCGAGUCACCCACCGUCCGGACGAAAUAGUCCCGCGGAACAGCUCACACCGACCGAUCUCAGUCAGCCGAAGAUGAAACGAUUAAAGCUAGAAACGUUGCUCGAGCAUGAAGAAGUGUCCGAUUUGGAUAGAAAGAUGAUGGUUGGGGCCGGUCGCUCUCAUAGUCGAGAGCAUCACAGCAAACAGCGCGGUCCUUCAAACCGAAGAGAAGGAAAUGAUCCGAAGGAGCCGAAUCUAUCCACCGCACAACAAAUUUCCGUUCCUCAGCUACACUCAUCUGGAGGUAGUUGUAGUGGCCAACCCUCACAACCGUUAGGAGCUCCCGCUUCUACACCCUCAUCCCACCAGCACGUCCAUCAGCUUCCGGGAGCUUAUCUCUGCAAUCAGUGCAAUGCUGCGCUACCCGAUUUCGAGUCUUUCCGUACCCAUUUGAAGGCACAUCUUGAGCAGAGCGCUGCAAAUGCUGCAGCGGCAGCUGCCAUGAGACUUUCCGGUGAUCACCAAACCGGUCCGGGAGGUACCAACAAUAGCUCCUCCACGUCAGGAGUAUCUGCAGGAUCACUUUCCCACACAACGUUCCUCUGUCAACAGUGUGGAACAACGCUCAGCUGUCAGGCUGAGUACGAGCAGCACACGAUCGGCCAUUUUCUCGUGAUGGCAGUAGAAUAUCGUUGUCAGGCGGCAACGUCAUCCGGUGCUUCAUCCGGAACAUCCUGCACCGCGAAACCAUCCUUCAGCAAGGUGGAAGAUCUCCACAAACAUCUGUACGAAGGUCACAUGCAGCUCCUGUACAAGUGUACCGUCUGUGGGGAAACGUUCGAAUCGAAAGUUCAGGUGCAGGUCCAUUUUGCCGUGAACCAUUCGGUUGAGGUGAAGCUAUAUCGGUGCUCGGCUUGUGCAGAGGCUUUCCGAUCGGAGCGUGAUUUCCGGCAACAUAUAAGGAACCGACACUUGACCGCAGGCGCGAUCCAAUGUAUGUUCUGUCGAAUGGUUUGUUCGUCCGAGCUCGAGAUGCAUUUCCAUCUCGCGUCACACGCUAGGAAGUAUAAGUGUCCUGCUUGUCCCGAAUCAUUCCACGUUGAGUUCCUGCUUGACAGACAUAUUCAGACGCAUCACAGCCAGAAGGAAACAGGCUCUCCAAAUCGUAGAGAGGUUACAGCGUCGACUACUACAGCAUCUACCACAUUAAACCCUUCCUUAACGCCUUCGACAGCUUCGGGGACGUCUAUGUCUACAACCGCAACUUCAGCAGUAGCAGGACUCGAUUACCUUCAUCUGCAUGGUCAAAUGGCGGCGAUGGCAGCAGCAGCUGCAUGGCCCAGUCUUUAUCAAACUGCCAACAAGUUCUACAACAAUCCGCUCCAGGUGGACACACUGAAUCAGUUGAAGCAUCCACAGCACUUGCUGCACGGAUUCUAUGACACAAUGCUAGGAAAGGCACACCAACAGCAGCAGCAGCAGCAACAGCAGCAGCAGCAGCAGCAGCAGCAGCAGCAACAACGUGUUCCAUUCCUUCCGGAUAAUUCAUCUGGACCUAGCAGCAAGAAGAAUCCUUUCUCAGGUCACUCUCCGAAUAAUAGUGCUACUAACGCACUGUUAGGACUUGGUUACGGAACACCAUCGACAUCCACCGGUCCAUCACAACCACAAAGAACUGCUGCUUCGCAUACGCUUAAUGGAACUUCCUCCGGACUUUACUCCCCUGAGGAAGCUAACAAUGGAGGAGCGACUGGCGCCGGCGCUACUUCGAAGCUAUACUCUCCUAUUGCCAUGAUCCAACGGUACGGCGACAAUAAUGGCGGAACAACACGCCCGAGCGUAGAAUCGCCCCCAUCAACCGGCGGUCAGCUUCUGUUGGCCUCAAACUCAUCUCUCGGACUUGUGGACCAUCAUAACGAUCAGGCGGCAACAAGAAAGUUGAACCAGUCAUCAAGCGCCAAAACAGCACCGACAGCUCCCAACAGUACACUCACCCAUCAGCAACAAAUGUCUGCUUCUGCGGCAACCGCCAGCUGCUACAGCUGCGGUAUCUGCGAACGGUCCGAUUUCACUACGGAAAGCGAAGUGCAAACGCAUCGCAAAAUUGUCCACAACUUAAAGACGGGUGUUAGUUUGCGGUGCGCGUACUGCAAUGGAGACUUCCGGUCGAGGAAUGAGCUGGAGAAUCACAUGAAGGUCGCCCACAAUACGGGCGGUGGCAAGCACAAGUGUUUGAUUUGUGAUGAAAUCUUCCCAUCGCCGGCAGUGCUUGCCGAGCAUAAGCUGUCUCACUGUAAGGUUGGUGCGUCGGGGCGCUGUUCGCACUGCAGCUUGCCAUUACCCGAUGCGCACACGUUUAAGCAACAUUUGCAGGCUCAUCAGCUUGUGACGGGUGGCGGAAGCUCCACGAAUUCUUCAGCAUCAGCAGCAGCAGUUUCCUGCUCGUCCAGUGGCCAGAAUAAUGGCGCAGGAGGCAACUCUUCGGGCUCCUCGACAGGAACCAGCGCAAAUGCGUCUGGGAGCGCUAGUGCUGAGCAGGACCGCUUCCCCCAACAGUGUAUCUGCUGUCGGCAAACGCUCAACUCCGAGUUUGAGAUUAGUCUGCAUGCCAAAUUCCACACCAAAUCCCCGGACACUAAUGAGCGUACGUGUGCCCUCUGUCUGGAACCGCUACCAUCUCAACCCGAAUCCAACACCAAAAUUUGUGAUCCUUGUCUCAAACGGCACAACUUUCCCUCCAAGCUUCUGUCGAUGAAUUUCCUUAAGCCUAGUGCACCUUCAUCGAUAGUAGCGGCUUCCACCAACAGUGGUCCUAUCACUGGAACGGCAAACGUUCCUGUCGAUGGAAGGACUUCAGCUACUACCAGCAUCCAACACGAGCAGCCAGGACAAACCGCAGGAAGGGAUGGAAUCUCAUCUUCUUCCUCGUCCACAUCCACGUCCUCACUGUUCCAGUGUAAUCUCUGCAAGAAACCACUUCCAACUGGCCAGAAACUACAGGAACACCUGAUCGAUCAUACGUUCGCGGGCUGUGAAGAGCGAGGCUACGUGUGCUACCUUUGCUCUGCUGUGUUUACGUCCUCUGCCGGGUUGCAGGCUCAUCUUCCGGUAGCACACUCGAACGCCGCAGCUAAACCUUACGAUUGUGAACGUUGCGGAGUGGCGUACUUCUUCCGAGCUGAGCUAGAGCAUCAUUUGAUCGAUCAUGAACUGGGAAGAACGAUCCGACCCAUGGCUGCUAGUUCGUUUGAACACCCGACCGUACGGUGUGGAGGUGAUGAGUGGCACUCUAGACAGCAUUCCCCUGUGUCGGAAGAUGACGGAUCGCAACGAGAGUCGCAAAAGCACCACAUCAAGCAGGAACUUUGUGAGACAGAGCAUCAUGAACAGGCAGGUUCCUCGCCAUACCAUCGGGAAAAGGAGGAGCAUUUGGAUGAGGAAAAUGAACCAGACCAACCAGUCGGAAAAGAAGAAAUAGAAAACAAAGAACAAAUAGAGGACGAAGAUGGCGAGGAACAUGAUGAUGGUGGGAACGAUUCUACUACAAGUGCAACUACCCAUCAUCAAGACAAGGAAAAUGAUCGCCUCGACGAUCUAGCAAACACAGAAGAAGGUAACGAAGCAACCAAUGAAGAUGAGAUGGAAGAACGUGAGCAUCCGGGGGAUCAGGAAGAUGAAGAAGAGUAUAUUGAAGUAGAGCACACCACGAUGGAGGAUGGUGCGAAACAUCGCCGUACCUCGAACAUGUUAAUCAAUGGUGGAAAAGAUUGUUCUACACUAACCACCAUCGCUACGACAACUACCGCGACCCUUCCGAUUGUUACUGCGGCUGAGUAG